UUUUAGAAAUAUAUAAUUUUCCCGCUUCUUAGUGUCAAAUUUCGAAAUGUCAACAAGUUGCUUUCCGCAACGGACACAUUGGGACACAUUGUUUUCUUUGACGUUCAAAACUGAAGUAUUAUAAGUAACGUUAUCGAAAUAUUUAAAUUGAAAAAUGGCUGAAGAAGUAAAGGAUGCUGGAGAUCGUAACCGUUCAGUAAGUGACGCUUCAGAUAGUGAAUAUGAUCCACAGUAUGCACCAAUUAUUACAUUACCUGAAGUUGUGAUACCCACAAAUGAGGAGGAAGAAGAAGUUGUCCUGCAAGUGAGGUCAAAGCUAUACAGAUUUGAUCGUAGUGAUGAUAUACCAGAGUGGAAAGAGAGAGGUACUGGGGAGCUGAAGAUGCUAAAGCACAAAGUUAACAAGACUGUGAGAAUUGUAAUGCGCAGAGAUAAAACGCUCAAGGUGUGUGCAAAUCAUUUCAUUACACCUUUGAUGGAGCUGAAACCAAAGCCAGGAUUAGACAAAGCUUUUGUCUAUAAUGUUCCUGCAGACUUCACAGACGAAGAAAUUAAAAGUGAAUGUCUGGCAAUAAAAUUUGGCACUGUUGAUAUUGCAACCCAAUUCAAAACUGCAUUCCUCGAGUCACAGCAGUUUGUAUUAAAAGAGUGCAAGUUGUAUAAUGGGGAAGCAGAUGGGGUCACUUCUAGUGAAGAUGAGGAAGAAAGUGAGGAUGAUGAGGAGCCAGAGGCUAUUGAGAGUAAUGAGGAUGCUAAUGAAGUGAUUGAAACGCUUAAGGAUUUGAAUGUUACCAAACCAGAUGAAAAAUAAUAUGAUAUUCAUUUAAGCUGAUUUUAAACAUUUUUUUUUUAGAUUUUUGAUUUUGACACAUUUUUGUCAAUAUUUUUUAUACAUUCCAUCGUCGGGAAUUUCAAUUCUUGUUUCUCAUAGUUGAAUGCGUGAAAAGAAAGUUUUUCGUUUGAAUACUAUUGUAAAAUAAAAAUACAGUAAUUUUAUAAAUAAAACAUAUUUUUCAAAUA